UUCCAGGACAAAAGAGGACACCAGACUUGUGACAACGUGAAGUGAGAAGUGUCAAUACACCAAUACUGUACUCGCCAAGCUGCCUUGAACUCGGACCCUUCUGAAUCGUGAGCAAUGAUAGGUUGUCAGCACAACUGACGAGGGGGUUGGUGCUUUCCUGGUGCCGUGAGUCGGUGAAAGGUCAACAUCGUAAAGCGGUAAUGCGCUGGGAGAAAGAGCAGAGACCCACAACAUAAGGACGUUUGCCUUGGUGCAUGGAAGCCUCGGCUUCAGCCACUCCUUCGCAUCGCCCCAGAAAUCCUGUAGUAGCCCUGAAGCCUGUGGAUUCUGUCCCUAGUUCCGCUGAGUCCGGAUCAAGCCUUAGCCGGAGACCUGAAAUCGGCCGGGUUUAGCAAUGCUGCUGAGGACCCGGCUAAAGCGACUGUUGGAUUUAGUCCCCGGGAAGCGGCAGCUCGGGGUCUACCGAUUCUUGCCUUGUUUCUUUGUGCUGGGCGGUGUGCUGGAGUGGAUCAUGAUAAACGUACGCAUUGGGCACGAAACAUUUUAUGAUGUGUACCGAAGAAAACGUUCUGAACGACAGUACCAAGAGAAAUUAGAAGAACUAUCAACAUCUGGAAAUCAACUUCCUAAAUAAGUCAUUUAUACAUAAUUAGAUAAUUGUCUUCUUAUUAAUGUGUUCAUUAAACUAUUUCCUUAGUAAAAUCAAUAUGCUACCUGGUAUUCAUAUCUUAUUUUAUAAUUAACUCAAUGCAGAUUUUUUUGUAAAAUGCUGUAUUUCAUGGUAUUUUGUUCAAAUUGCAUUAAAUUGAGUGAAUUAAAAUAA